AUGUCAGGCACCAUCUUCGGCAGCCUAAUCUCCGAGAGCAUCGAGCUCAUUCAUACCAUUCGCAAGGCCCUCGAUCGCGUGAAAAUGGCCAAAAAGACAUGUCUCGACAUUCAGACGCAAAUCGACUCCACCUCGGCAACGCUUGAUGCCAUCAACAGGGAGCCCAUACUUCAGGUGGACAAGAUCAAGCAGCCAAUGGAGAACAUUCUGAUUAUCGAAAAAGAACUUCAGGCCGCCCUAGAUGAGAGGGAGGAAGACGCCAAGAGGCACAAGAUUCAGCAGUUUGGCAAGUCCCUGAUCAGCGGAGAUGAGAUGGACAAACAGGUCAAUGAUAUUCUCAAUCGUCUUGCCCACGCGAGGGGCGAGCUGCACGCCUGUAUCACCACCAUUCACAUCGGGCUCACUGAUAGUCUCGACAGUGGUUUCCGCGUGGCUCGAAGUGAUUUGCAGCGGAUCAAUGACACUGUCCGGGAGCUCUGCGGGCAGCAACUCGUACUUGCCGAGCGGCUCGAGCCCAGAGAGCAGAAUCUCACACAAGAUGAUGAAACAGGGCAAUCCCUACUAGCUUCCCUGGUACGGCGGUUGGCGGGCCAGGAUUCGGCGGGCGGCACGCACAUAGAAGGGUCGAACAGACUGGACUGGCACAAGAAUAAGGCGGGGAAGGACGCCAGUAUGCUGGUCGGAAAUUCCGGUUAUGAAAUCGCGGAACACAAGAACCUCGGGCCCGUCAGGGCGAAUAUGAGGGACAAUACGUUUGGAAAGGGACUGCGACUUCACGUCGGUCAUAUCAAGAGUGGUCCGGAUUUCUUUAAGCGCAGAUAA